CUCGGGAUCAGGAAUCAGACGAAACUCGAGACCGCUUGCUCGACAGUCGCAUUUACAACCGCUUCACCGACAAGGUUAAUUAAACACAAUACCCUUUGUUGAUAUUUACUUUUAUUUAAACAAAAACGUGUCAUAUCAUUAUUUAAAUGGCUAUUUUUAUUAAUUAGUUAUCCUCAAAUGAUGUGUAUUCUGUCUGUACUUCUUAUAUCGCAUUAGUUCGUCCGGGCGAUGCGUAGGUACGUUUAGUUAUGAGUGCACGCGCGAUGAUUAAAACGUAUCCAUAAAAUAAACACGUUGUUUAUUUAAAAAAAUAUAUAUUUUAAAUUUUAAUGUGGUAUCUUAAGGUUUAGUUUACAAGAAUUGUGGUGUGGUGUUUAUUGUGUGACGUGUAUAUUUUUAUUUUAUUUAUUUAAUUUAAAAUUAGAAAGUUAGUGACAAUGAUUAAAGUAAGCGAAAUCAUGAAGAUCGGAUUCAUUGGCGGCGGCAGGCUGGCCUUCGCCCUGGCCAACGGGUUUAUCUCAGCUGGUUUAGUCACUGCAGCUUUGGUUAAUGAUUUAUAUAUUUUUGACAAACUUUCUUCAGGUUUGGCAAAACCCGAUGAGAUCACAGCAAGCGUCCAUCCUGCCGAUGUCGUCAGUGCUGAAGCAUUUAAGAAACUGGGUGCCACAGCAGUGUUCGAGAACAAGCCAGUGGUGGAAAGAUCCGAGGUUGUGAUCGUGUCUGUAAAACCUGACGUGGUGGUGCCGGUUCUGAAGGAAGUCAAGGACCUCCAGGCUUCAAAGAACAAGCUGUUCAUCUCUGUCGCUAUGGGAGUCACUACUGCUGCUAUUGAGAAGGUGCUACCAACAGAAGCUCGUGUGAUCAGAGUGAUGCCGAACACGCCAGCAUUGGUUCAGCAUGGAGCUGCCGCCCUCAGCCGAGGUACUCGCGCCACCGCUGAUGAUGCCAAGCUUACCACACAGCUGUUCCAAGCUGUGGGCACAUGUGAUGAGGUGCCAGAGUAUCAGAUGGAUGCUGUCACCGCUUUGAGUGGUAGUGGACCUGCCUAUAUCUACAUGAUGAUCGAGUCUCUAGCUGACGGCGGUGUGCGUUGCGGUCUACCUCGAGACCUCGCCCUCCGCCUGGCAGCACAGACGGCUCUCGGAUCAGCAGCCAUGGUGAAGACUGGCACCCACCCUGCAGUACUCAAGGAUAAUGUCACUAGCCCUGCGGGGUCUACCGCUGAUGGAACUUAUCAUUUGGAGAAGAAUGGGUUCCGUUCAGCUGUCAUCGGUGCUGUGGCGGCAGCGGCGGAGAGAUGUAAAGUGGUCAACAGCCAGCUCAACAACACGCCCUAGUGUUCGCAGCUUAUUCUAAUGUAAUUAGAUACAAAAACAUAAUACUAUUUUAAGAGU